CUGGAUAUUCAUAGGCACUGCGCUGGACCAGUGACAAGGUGCAUCAUAAAUAGGGCUGGGGGGAGACUGAGCAAUUGGUUCAUCAGCUUUCACACUGCAGAGACAACGAGAGCCAGAGACUAGUUAUACAGCAGAUAGCCACAUUGCAGGGACUUGUGCUUACGAGCCACGGCUGAGCGAGACCUGAAGGAGGCUCUCGACUGACAGGGGCUGUGUGUUUGUGUGCAUCAGUGUAGAAAUCCACUCUCUCCACCAUGGAUACUCUAAAGAAAGGUCUGUUCGCUGCCAAGGAAGGAAUGGUUGCUGCGGCUGAAAAAACCAAACAGGGCGUGCAGGACGCUGCAGAGAAGACGAAAGAGGGUGUAAUGUAUGUAGGUACCAAAACAAAGGAAGGCGUCGUACAUAGCGUGAACACAGUGGCUGAGAAGACCAAGGAGCAGGCUAACAUGGUCGGAGGAGCUGUCGUCGCUGGAGUCAACACAGUGGCCAACAAGACGGUGGAAGGGGCAGAGAAUGUGGCAAGUUCAACUGGAGUGGUGAAUAUGAAUGAAGUCCGUCGGGAAGUCCCGGCUGGGGAGGCUGAGGGAGAACAGACCAUGGAAGAACCACUGGUUGAAGCUAUGGAGGCCACUGAAGAGACUGGAAAAUGAAAAGCCAACUCAUCUCAGAAGAUUAUCGGUGCACUCCCCUCUUUCCCCUCCCCAACUUUCACACCAGUAAGGCCAUAAUGAAUUGAGGACCACAGGUACUAAAGCAGUGAAGCUCUCCAAAGUCACACUUAUUUCACUCUUAUUUCACUCGUUCUGUGGUCAGCAUACAAAGUCCUUUGAAUAAUCGACUCAGAGCUGCUGUGGAUCAAUAAUUGUGGUCACCUGUCUGCCAUUACCCGCACACACACCCGUCUUGUGUCUCUGUGUGUCCUUGUCUGCUUUUCUUUCCUUGGAUUGACCGAUUAUUGUUGGUUGGUUAGAAUUCAGUUGGUAGGAAUCGCGAGGUUUAGUGCAUGCUGCCCACGUCUGUGUCUUUCCCACUCAUUAGUUCUGACGCUUGCAGAUUUUAUAAUAAAUGAAAAGUAAAAUAAAUUUGAAAGCUUAAA